AUGCCCUCGGCCCGCAUCAGCCCUGACACUGUGACAUUCAACACCCUGAUUAGUUCCUGCGCCAGAGCUCGGCAAUGGCAGGCGGCCGUGUCGCUCUCCUCCAGCAUGGAGCCGGCCCGGGUCGACAAGGAUGCAAUCAGCUACAACUCCACCAUCAGCGCUUUUGAGCGUGGUGGCCUGUGGCAGGCAGCUCUACAGCUCUUGGCUAACAUGGCGGUGUCAAGGACGGGGCCAGACGAGAUCAGCUACAACUCGACCAUCAGCGUCUGCAAAGUAGCUGGUCAGUGGCAGCUGGCUGUGGAGCUCUUGUCCAGGAUGCCUGCAGCCCGCCUCCGGUCCGAUGAGAUCAGCUUCAGCACCGCCAUCGACGCGUGCGAGCGCGCCGGGCAGUGGGAGCUGGCCCUGCAGCUCUGGGCCGAUCUGGUGGAAGCAAGCAUCCGGAAGGAUGCGAUAAGCGUCAGUGCCACCAUGAACGCCUGCGCAAAGGCCGGGCGCUGGCGUGCGGCCCUGCACCUCUUAUGGGCCGCGGACGCCUUGCCGGAUGGGCGAAGGGGUUCGUAA